AAUUUUAGUAUUAGUAUUGAAGAGGUCAACGCGCCAAAACUCCUAAAACACUGAUUUGACGCAAAAACCUGUCAAACAUUCAACAUUCAAUUUUCAAUUUGAACGUUUCUCUUCCCUUCAUUCAAAAUUCUCCAUCUUUUCUUUCUGCUUCUUUAAAUUUGAACGCCGUGUCUCAAGUGGGAACCCCUCAAAUCCCCCGUUUCCACCAUAUACAUAUAUAUAUAUGAUCAUCAUUUUCUUCAUACUUCACUACAAACAACAACAAAAUAUUCAUUCUUUCUGAAAAUUCAAUAAUCUUUCUGCUUAAUUUCUCUCCUUUUAUCAUUUCUUGUGCACCAUGGUUUUUGGUUGGAGAAGAAAACGAACCCCUUCCAAUAAUGCUCGCAAGAAGCAGCAACAAAAUUCUAAUAUUGAUCUUCACAUUCCCAACCAUUUUCUUUGCCCAAUCUCUCUUGAUCUCAUGAAAGAUCCUGUCACCUUGUCUUCUGGCUUCUCUUAUGAUCGAUCCAACAUUGAGGCCUGGCUUCAGGCUGGCAAUUUCACUUGCCCUGUUACUAAUCAAAUACUUACUACUUUUGAUCUCAUCCCAAAUCAUAAUCUCAGGAAAAUGAUCCAAGAUUGGUGUGUGGAGAAUCGCAACUUUGGUAUCCAACGUAUCCCAACACCUAAAAUUCCUGUCUCCCCUACUCAGAUCUCUGACGUUCUUUCAAGUCUCGGUGCUUCAACCAGGAGUUUGGAUCAAUACGAGUGCCUUGACUUGGUUCAGAAAAUCAAGAAAUGGGGCAGUGAGAGCCAGCGUAACAGGCGUUGCAUUGUGGACAAUGGAGCAAGCUCUGUGUUAGCUUCAACAUUCGAUGCCUUUGCCUCAGAUUCUUACGAAAAAAAUGCCAAACUUUUGGAGGAAAUAUUGUCAACUUUCGAUUGGAUGUUUCCACUCGAUGUUGAAUCUCAAAUAUAUUUAGGAUCACAAGCUUCUCUACGUUGCAUGUUAUGGUUCUUAGAAUGCAGAGAUCUUUCAUCGAAGAAGAACUCCAUUAUUGCAUUAAAAGAGCUUCUUUCUUCAGAUCAACGCCAUUCAGAAACACUUGCAAACAUUGAAGGAGUAAACGAAGUUCUAUUCAGAUUCAUUAAAGACCCAAUUUGCCCUACAAUCACCAAAGCUUCUCUAAUGGUGAUAUUUCAUCUGCUUUCAUCUCCUUCUUCCAGUGAGAAGAUGAAAUCAGCAUUUGUGAAGAUGGGUUUAGUUUCUUUACUGAUAGAAAUCAUUGUAGACUCAGAAAGAAGCACAUGUGAGAGAGCUUUAGGUGUAUUUGAUAAGCUUUGUGAUUGUCAAGAAGGAAGAGAAGAGGCCUACAAUAAUUCUCUAACAUGGCCAGUGCUGGUGAAGAAACUGUUGAGAGUAUCAGAAUUGGCAACAGAAUAUUCAGUUUCAGCAAUUUGGAAGCUUAACAAAUAUGGAAGAAAAGAGGAAGCCAUGGUUGAGAUUCUUCAAGCUGGUGGAUUUCAGAAGCUGGUGCUACUGUUGCAGCUUGGGUGUGGUGAUGAGACUAAGGAGAAAACUACUGAGCUUUUGAAACAAAUGAAUCCUUACAGGAAUGGAUUUGAAUGCAUUGAGUCUGCUGAUUUCAAGAACCUCAAACGAUCAUUUUGAAGAUUUUUCAAUUUUUUUUUAAUUGAAUUCUUUAUUUUUUCCCCUUGUAUUUAAUCCUUCAUUGUAGUCGUGUAUAGAUUUAAAUCUACUUAUAUUUUUAGGGAGUUCUAUCA